ACAAUACUUGACCAACAGCUACUACGUUUUCCAACAUUAUUUUCCACUUUCCCAUCAAAUUCUUUAAAAACACAAUUCCCCAAGAGUCUCUUCUCUUCGUUUGCUAUAAAUAACCCAGUUCUCAACACUCUUAAUCCCAGCCCUGUCACCAAAUAUCAAGUUAAAUUUCCUUCAUACAACAACCAUGGCUAGAGUAGACUGCAGCCUUGUUGAUCUGCUACUGUUCUAUACACAAGAGAGAGUCAUUUUCAACAGGAUGGUAUGUUCAAUGGGCAAAAGUUCCAAGCAAGUGAAGAAAGUGAUUGCUUUUUGGCUGGUACUUGAGGAAAUUGGUUACCAUGAUCUAAUUCGUGCAAUAAAUUGCUUGGACAACACCGCCAUUGAAGCCUUGCAUCAUGAAGCAUUGCAAUGUUUAGAGUGCAUACAACCAAACUUUGUUACAUCAGUCCAAGCUCAAGAGCUUUUAGGCCUCUUUGAUGAGCCUAUGAGGAGGAGAUUCCUCUACUGUAACCGUGAUUUUAUCUACAGGAGAUACGAACACGUAAUGGAAACUGUUUGUGACAAAAUAUUUGGUGAGAACAAAGCUGUAGAAGCAGAGGAGUCAGGUUUCAGUCAAAUUUCCGAGCCCCCAGGAAAAUGUUUCUAUGAACAGGGCCUCGCAGCAAGUCAAUCCAGCUUGCAUCCUGACGCCAUUGAAUUCAAUCCUGCACAAACUCCAGAGGAAUCCAGGACAAUGUUCCUGACAUUUUCAAUGGGUCAUCCUCUAAGCCGUGAGGAAAUCAUUAGAUUCUUUACCAAGAAAUGGGGAGAAGUGGUGAAGGAUGUAUAUAUUGAACGAACUGAAGCAGGACAGGAUCCACAGUUUGGACGGAUGGUAUUGAAAAAUACGUGGGUAAUAGCAAGGAUAUUAAAUGGAGAAGCAAAAGCAAAAUUCUUGGUGAAUGGUAAGCAUCUGUGGGCUCGUAUUUAUGUACCUCGCCGUAGAGGAAUUGUUGAAAAGCCUCCCAGACCCAGUACUAAACAUUGAAAAUUUGAUGCGUGAAUGUCAGAAUUUGGAGAAAUGUUAAGGUUAGAUGGUUCCAUUAAAGAUGACAAAAACUUGCAAGCUCAGGCCCAACAACAUAACAUCUUAGAAAAUAAAUGGGCCUCUCAUUUAAAAUAAAAGAUAUAGAACAUAGCUGAAUCCGAAAAGCUCAUGAUAAGACUCGAUGGAGCAGAAACUCUGGAACCGUACAUCUUCUCCUAAGAACACCAGCACCCCUAGAAAACGCUAUACACAGUGAGGAGUCUCCACAACUGAAGCUGAAAAUCUCAUAUUGAAGAGCAAGAGAAGCAACUUAAAACAAAGGCCAGAUUUAUACCAAAAUUAUAUGUUAAACUAAUCGUUG